AUGUCAGGUGACAAAUCUUUUUCAUAUUCGGAUGCUGAUCCAACUUACUCAGGGGCAUCAAAUGAGCUACUUUUGGAAUUUCUCGAUAGUGUGAUGUACAAACGUUUUGAUGCGGCACUUUUACUUUGUCAGAAAAUUAUUGAAGCUGAACCAGACAACUAUGAAGCUCGUGCAUUCCUUCCAAUGCUUGAAGAAGCAAACACUCUUAAAUCAACAGGAUAUUUUACCCCUCUUGAUGUCGAAACUUCCAGCGAAUCUAGUGAAAGCAGUGCCGAGGAAAGUGAACAUAAGAGAGAAAGGAGAGAUUCCUCUUCCUCUUCUGAUGAAUGGGACUACAGUACAACAACUUCUGAUUCGAAUAGUUCAGACGAUGACGGGUAA